AUGCUGCUCGUGUCGGAUGGGGAAAAGGAAUACUGGGAGAGUGAGAGCUAGAAAACAGAGAAAGGCCCCACUGACAGAGGGACUGAUAUACUUGCGGUCACCAGACAAGCGACACGAACGGAUUAAAGCCAGGCGGUUUCAAGAGACUGUAACACAAACUCGAGAGAAUGGGUCCGCGCGCGGUAGCCGAGGCGACGGGAGGAGAGCGAGAGAAGAAGAUGCUGUGAGAUGCACAUAGCCAGCGCGAGCGGGAGGGAGGGGGAGAGGAGGCUCCUACGCUAGUUAAAGAUGCUUGUUUUUUGACGAGGAAUGUGUUCCGUACGCAUAAACCAAUGGAUUUCUGCGCAAACCCUGUAGUUUACAAUAGCGCAAUGUACACUUGACACACGCACUGUGGAUUAAUUGGCGAAUUCAUGUGACGGAAGACACUGAGGCUUUCAUUCGCGAAAGGGUGGCUGUUUUCCUCCAUAUUUCCGGAUGUGAGGCCUGGAAGAGACCGUAGUUUAAAUCGGGCACGGGACGCUCAUCCUUCACAUCAAAACUUUGAUUCAAAUCAGACGAAAUCCUUUGGGGUGUCGUUGACAAAAGAAGGAUGCACUAAAUAUUAGACAGAAUAUUACGCGUAAGGUGUCACAAACCGGAUGUGCGACUCUCGCAGGAUAGAUGUGGCCAAGUUUUUAAUAAAUAGGUCACUUCCAGUUUGACAUUAACGGGCUACAUAAAUAUAUAUUUUUAAAGAUAAAAUACCGGCGAAAAUAAACAGAUGACUGAACCAGUCUAUCUAAUAAUCCCGUUAUCUUUAUCUUACUUAAAUAUUCUUAAUAAUUUAACUGGUACUCACAGCGAUUAGUUUAUCUGAAGUAUAGUGUUAGCCCAUAUAGUGUAGUGAGAUAUUUAAUCGUGUCCCCUCAUCAUUCUUCCAUGAGACACCACAGGCCUUGCAAGACGCAAUAACUGUUGUAAUUUGGCAAAUAGGCUCGGCUGGUCGCGCACCCCCUGUUUAUUUUUGAUGUCAUCGAACGGAACAUGUUAUCGAUCGAUUUCCAGGAACUUUGAGGAGACGGCAGGCAGAUGUUUGGGAGUAGGCCACGGCACUGACAUCACGCCUCAGCAUCCCUGUGUCAUCAUCGCUCACCGUCUGUGAUGUCUGUACGGCGGAGUUAUUACGUGAGCAGGACAGGCACCAGUGGAUACAUUGUCAAAAUACACUGAUUUACCCCCUUAUAUUGUGACACGAAAUCGCUGUCGAACGAAAUGUCCAGUAAGGAGUUGUCGGGGAGUCAGGCAGCUCAGUAUGUCGGGCCCUACCGACUGGAAAAGACGCUGGGGAAGGGCCAGACAGGUCUGGUGAAAUUAGGAGUUCACUGUAUCACAGGACAGAAGGUGGCCAUAAAAAUAGUUAACAGAGAAAAGCUAUCAGAAUCUGUUCUUAUGAAAGUGGAGAGAGAGAUAGCUAUUCUUAAACUAAUAGAGCACCCUCAUGUCCUAAAACUGUAUGAUGUGUACGAGAAUAACAAAUAUCUGUAUCUAGUGCUGGAACAUGUGUCUGGUGGGGAGCUAUUUGACUACCUGGUAAAGAAAGGCAGAUUGACCCCUAAAGAAGCUCGAAAGUUCUUCAGACAAAUCAUAUCUGCUCUAGACUUCUGUCACAGUCACUCUAUAUGCCACAGAGAUCUUAAACCUGAAAACCUCCUGCUGGAUGAGAAGAAUAAUAUCAGGAUUGCUGACUUUGGCAUGGCCUCCCUACAGGUUGGGGACAGCCUGCUGGAGACCAGCUGUGGAUCACCCCAUUAUGCAUGUCCUGAGGUCAUCAGGGGAGAGAAAUACGAUGGACGUCGGGCAGAUGUAUGGAGCUGUGGGGUUAUUCUCUUUGCUCUGUUGGUGGGAGCGUUGCCCUUUGACCAUGAUAACCUGCGACAGCUGUUGGAGAAGGUGAAGAGUGGAGUAUUUCACAUGCCUCACUUCAUUCCCCCAGACUGCCAGGCUCUCCUCCGUGGCAUGAUUGAGGUCAACCCAGAGAAACGCCUCACGUUGGAAGAAAUACAAAAGCACCCUUGGUAUCAAGGGGGCAGGAAUGAGCCGUGUCCAGAGCAGCCACCCCCGAGGCGUGUGUGUGUGAAGAGGAUUCUGUCUCUUACAGAUCUGGAUCCUGAUGUUCUGGAGAGCAUGCAUUCCUUAGGCUGCUUCAGAGACCGUGUCAAGCUCACCAGAGACCUGCAGUGUGAAGAAGAAAACCAGGAGAAGUUGAUCUAUUACCUUCUGUUGGACAGAAAGGAGCGCUACCCUAGUUAUGAAGAUGAACAUCUUCCCCCCAGAAAUGAUGUUGAUCCUCCCCGUAAGCGGGUGGACUCGCCCAUGCUGACCCGUCAUGGGCGCUGUCGGCCGGAGAGAAAGAGUCUGGAGGUACUGAGUGUGACAGAGCAGGGCUCUCCAACACCUCCCCGCAGAGCACUGGAUACCUCUGCACAUAGCCAGAGGUCUCGAUCAGUUAGCGGAGCUUCAACCGGCCUCUCAUCCAGUCCCCUCAGCAGUCCCCGAAGCCCAGUUUUCACUUUCAGCCAAACUGAAGUCACCUCUGCUUCCACCGCCCCGUCUAAAGACCCCAAAGCAGGAAGUUCCACCACACCCCGGGCGUCCCAACGCGUGCCUGAGCAAAAAACCCAGACCCUACCCUCAAAAGCAGCAUCUGACCGCCCCUACCUGCAGUCUAUGAAGUCCCUCCCCCUGCAGACUCCUCCGUCUCCUUCGCCUUCCCCCUCUCCGCUCCUGUCCCCCAUCCCUCGCUUCUUCUUCCCUGCUCCUUCUGUCCUGAAGUCUGUCACUAAGACCAUCUAUCCUAACUCUGCCCAUGUGUCGCAGGUCACCCCGCAGGGCUCCCCACUCCCCACCCCUCUGGGGACCCCCGUGCACCAUCCCCAGCACCCCCCACCCACCCCGCCCUCCUCCUCCUCCUCUUCUUCCUCCUCACGAGCUGAAGGGGGUGGUGGUGUGGGUGGUGGUUCCCUGUCCCUAACCCCGCCCUCCAGUCCUGGGGGAAGUGGUGGAAUGGCUGCCAGUAGUUCAGCCCACUGGAGGACACGCCUCAACUCCUUCAAGAACAACCUUCUAGGAUCGCCACGGUUCCACCGCCGAAGGCUACAGGUUCCUACAUCAGAAGACAUGUCCAGUUUAACUCCAGAGUCCAGCCCAGAGCUAGCAAAGAAGUCGUGGUUUGGAAAUUUCAUCAGUCUGGAGAGGGAAGAGCAAAUUUUUGUGGUGAUCAGAGACAAACCACUAAGCUCUAUCAAGGCCGACAUUGUCCAUGCCUUUCUAUCAAUUCCCUCCCUGAGUCACAGCGUCAUCUCUCAGACAAGUUUCCGGGCGGAGUACAAGUCCUCUGGAGGUCCGUCUGUCUUCCAGAAGCCUGUCAAAUUUCAGGUUGACAUCGCUUUCUCUGAAGGGGAGAGAGAACGAGAGAGGGAGAAAGAGAGAGAAAGGGAGGGAAGGAGGGAGACUGGCAUCUACAGCGUCACCUUUACCCUAUUAUCAGGUCCUAGUCGCAGGUUUAAAAGAGUGGUAGAGACUAUUCAAGCUCAGCUUCUCAGUACACAUGACCAGCCCUCUGUGCAGGCACUUUCAGAUGAGAAAAAUGGGCUUUCGUCUCGCCCACCCAGCACACCGACCCGUCAGAACUCUCAUCGCUCCGAGGGCGGAGGUGACCGUGGUGAGCGGGCAGAACGCAGCGAUCGAGGGGAAGGGAGCAGUAUUGGCGGUAGUGCCAGUGCUCUACAAAGGAAGGGGUCUGGCAAGGAUAAAACUCGCCUCAUUUCCUCAAAUGGGACCCAGUCUCAGCCCUAGUGAACUAAUCAGACAUACUAUUGAGUGGGUGGGGACAAACCCCUCCUUUGAUUCCCCCCAGACACGACUCCCUCAAAGUUCAUCUGCACAGUACACAACAACAGGUAUACUCAGCCCUGAUCUUCACUUCACAUGCAGAAACCCUGGGAUCCAACUGCGACAGAACAGUCAGGAGUCUACCAACAUGGAAGUGUUCUUAAAUGCAAAUAUUCA